AUGGAGGACGCCUCGCCCCCGCAGACACGGAAGUUUCAUCUCGCUGCCCUGACUACUACACUAGGAACGUCAGAUACCUACCGAGCGCCUAUGGAUAUAAUAGGAAACACGAAAGUUUGGUACAGUGACAUUCUUCGCGCCAGCCACAUGCGCGAUGGCGGCCCAGCAUCGCAGGAGCUGUGCCUUCUAUGGCGGACCAUGAGCCUCGCCCUCCUUGCCGGACACGGAGCGGCCUACCCAUUUGCCCUGGAGGCACGCGCUGACCAGGACUUUUGGCCAAUCAAGCCAGAUACCGGCUACAUCGCCUUCGGCGACUCCUACGCCGCCGGCAUGGGCGCCGGCGAGACCACCUGGGCCCCGUGGCCCCUCGCAUCCUGCCGCAAGGGGUCCAACAGCUACGGCCAGCAGCUCAGCAGAGAAGCGUCAGGUCGCGUCGGGAUCAAGCACGAGUUCGUCCCCGACUACUGCUCCGGCGACACCACCAUCGGUGCGAACCGCCAGAUCGACAGCUGGGCCAAGCCCGAGACGCCGACGCUCGCCACCCUCUCCAUCGGCGGCAACGAUCUCAAGUUUAGCGAGCUGCUCACCAACUGCGUCAUUACGCCCGAGUCCGACAAGGAGUACCCGGCCAAGUGCGCCGCGUCGAGGGCGUUCGUCGAGAGCGAGCUCGCUGCCACGGGCGAGGGGUCGUUCCGCGAGAAGCUCAAGACUGUGUACAAAAAGGUCCUGGCCAAGGCCGGGCAUGCCGACCUUCAGCUCUACGUGACGGGGGAUCUCCGACAGGCGCUCAACCAAUUCAACCUCAACCUAAACGCCCUCAUCCAAGACGUCAUCAAGGAGGUCAACACCGAGAUCAACGCGCCAAAGGACCGCGUCUACUUCAUUGAUACGGAUGCCGUCUUCCAGGGACGCCGAUGGUGCGAAUUUGGCAUCCCCGAGCCACAGCCCGAAAACACCCGAGAGUGGUUCUUCCUAAGCUCUUGGCCCGAUGUGAUCGCCCGUGAUCCCCGUCAACGGCCCCCGCCUUUCAAUCCUCCCAAUGACGAGGGUACCUUUGCCGACUAUGAAGUCGACGUUGUACAGGAGAACGUCGAGGAGUAUAGUGGCCCACUCCCAGACCCCGCUACCUGUAGUACAGACGACGGAGGCGACGACCCCAUCAUGAGCAAGUGGUACUGCCUCCUUGCCGAACGCGGCGACCAGAUCCGCGCCAGCCACGUCCACGAAGCCAAGCCGACGAAAUGGCUCAACCUACAAGAGUACAAGACGUGCCAGCGCGACAAGAUUUACAAGGCCACGGUUGAGGUCCGCCAGCCCGAUGGUCUCCGUAUCGACGCCGCCAGCCGCAUGAACCCCGACGAGGCUAGGCAGUUCCUUACCGAGGACCGUAUGGCUGUCGCUCCCUUCAAGGUCGUUAUCGUCGGUGGCGGAAUUGGCGGCCUUUCACUGGCGAUAAUGCUGGAGAGGUUUGAGAUAGACUAUGUUCUUCUCGAAUCACACAGCGACAUCGCCCCGGCACUAGGCGCCUCCAUGGCCCUGUUCCCCAACGGCCUGCUGAUCCUGGAUCAGCUUGGCUGUUAUGAUGAUGUAAAAGCCCAGCUGCGAGGCGAUACCAUCAAGACCUCUUAUGUCCGAGGUGUUAAUGGGAUGCCUUUGAUGUCAACGCCCCACCUGCUCGCCCACCUUGAGCAACGUCAUGGGUACCCGAUGCUAUUCUUCGAAAGACAAUGGCUCUUACGUCUUCUUUACAAUCGCAUCUCACACAAAGACCGUGUUCUAACCGGCCAGAAAGUCAAGGAAGUCAUCACGUCGCCGACCGGCGUCGAAGUGUGCACCGCAGCCGGUCUCCGUUAUCAGGGCGACAUCGUGAUCGGGGCCGACGGUAUCCACAGCGCCGUGAGACGGGAAAUGUUUCGUCUAGCAGACAAGAUGUCGCCAGGAUAUUUCUCACCUAAGCAAAAUGACGGUGUACCCUGCCAUUACCAGUGCAGUUUCGGCAUAGCCCAGGACGUUGAGGCCUGGUCCGAUGGCGAGCAAUGCUUUACGCUCGGCCAUGGCCAUUCUUUCCUCAUCGCCCCUGGCCCUAAUCAACGGGUAUUUUGGUUUCUCUUCUCUCGGCUGCCGAAAACGCUAUAUGGGAAAGAUAUCCCUCGGUACACCAAGGAGGACGAGGCUGCCUUUGUCGCGAAGAACCGGGAUCUCCCCAUUACCGAGAAGCUCACUUUUGGUCAGCUUUACGACAAACGCGUCUCUUCAACCCUCACCGCUAUCCAUGAGGUCGUGUAUAAGAAGUGGUAUUUUGAUCGCAUCCUAAUCAUCGGCGAUGCUGCCCACAAGUUAAGAAACAUCGUUGCUAGUCUAUCAUCAUGA